CUGAGGUAAGGUAGGGAGCCAAUGGUGUCUGGUUAUGUUGGUGUCUGGAGACACCAUUUUGCCUAUCCUUGCUUACCCUUUCAGCCAGUUAACAGAUGUUUUCGGGUUUGACAUUUGAAACUAUCCUGAAGUAAUAAUACAUUUCAAAUGUUUACAUAUGAUCUAGUCUUGUCUGUGACUGCCACUUACAAAUGUGAAGCAAUGUCUCGCUACGAAAUGAUUUGCUUUUGUUUUUUUUAAUGACAACUACAUCUGAAAUUGGUUCUGCUCAAAGGGGUUGGUAGAGUGUUGAUCGGAGAAAGCACUGUGAUUCUGAAACCUGCAACUCUUGGGUGUGCAGAUUGGAUGUCGUUCCAGUGUUAAACAGUGGUUUACACAUAAAUCCCUCAGUCAAUCUGGGAGGUCAAGGAAUAAAAUCAGAGAGAGAGAUAACCAAGAGGGGAGAUUUGUUGUUGAGGCUACAUGUGAGUCCCAUACCUAUUAGUACCAUGCUACAGGGUUUGGUUGAUAGACCUAUGCUUUUUUGGUUUUUGUGAGAUUCCUUUUUUCCUUGGAAUUAAAUUAGCUAUUUGACUAUUUUACGAUACACUUGGGGGAAAAAAACAUUCACAGACAUUGAUGUCUCCUGAAUGCUCCCUCCAGGCUGUUUCUCAAAAGUAUAGGAAAUGGCCAAAGAAGGGUGGGUUGUGGGUCAUAAAGAAGUUCCAGUCUUCCAGUGGACCUGCAAGCUACCAUCUCUGAAUUCAUGAUUCCUUGCCUUGUGUCUUUUGAAGGGAAAACAUCAUGGCUUCUCUUCUCAGAAUAUUGUUGAGAGGAAGGAUUUGUCUCUCUCUGUGAUGGCUGACUAUGGUUAGGCUACACAAUUCCGUAAUUCUAUGCCUUGUGAUAGCUUAAACGGCUAUAAGUGUAUUUACACUAUUAUUUGUUGAUAGUGUCAGGGGCACUAGAAAAUAGUUUUAAAGGGGAUGUGGGAUAGGUUUUCUAGGAAAAAAACAUCCUAGGAAAAAUCAUGGUAAGUUGCUAUGAUCAUUUUGUCAUCCAUUGGAAAUGUUUUUGAUGUCUUUGAAUAGUUUUUCACAACCUUGAUCUCCCACCCCCUCCCAAGUUAGAAGAGAAGUUUGGGGAGCUGAAAAACACAUAUUUGGAUAUAACCCCAAUUGGAGAAGACUACUCAGAGAAUAAGCAAGCUUAUUAACUCACUUACUCUAAGAGCAUAUUCCUGCAAAGGUAGGAAGUUGGGUAGAUGGUCUCUAAGGAAUCCUCCGGGCCUUUUAUUCUAUGAAUCUGAGAUUGGUCUUCAGAAACUACAGGAAGUCCUCAACCUAUGAUCACAACAGAGCCCAAAAUUUCUAUUGUUAAGUGAGACAUUUGUUAAGUGAGUUUUUCCCCAUUUUAUGCCUUUUCUUGCCAUAGUUGUUAAGUGAAUCACUUCAGUUGAUAAGUUAGUAACCCAGUUGUUAAGUGAAUCUGGUUUCCCCAUUGGCUUUGCUUAUCAGAAGGUCAUAAAAAGUGAUCAGUGAACCUUGGGACAUAGCAAAGGUUAUAAAUAUGAACCAAUUGCCAAGCAUCUGAAUUUUGAUCACAUGAUUAUGGGGAUGCUGCAAUGGUCAUGAAUGUGAAAAGUGGUCAUAGGCAGGGCUUUUUUUGUCAUAGAAAGGAGUUCCGGCAUCAUUUUUGGAUGGAUUUUCCAGAGUUGCGUUCUUUUCCUAUUGUUUCCCUUCCUAUCCUCGUUUGUUUUUGAAAAUGCCCCGCUGGUGGUACAGUGCAAGUGGGGUCCCCUCUGGCGCUGUCUGCCUUCUCUAGGAAGAGCCAUGAGGUGCCGGAGCACCACAGCCAGAGUGUGGCUUGAUUGGCUGGGUCGGACCAUGUGGUGUUGAAGCCGAUGGUGGUGGUAGGAGACACAUAAACAUGGAGGCCAUCUUUCAUGAGAGGAUUGCAGGGAUCGUUGGCAGAGCAGACCUCUUGUGUGCCCUAUUCUUUUUGUUAUCUUUUCUUGGCUACUGCAAAGCAUUUAAAGAGAAUAAAGAAGGAUCCCAGUUCUCCAUCAGUUGGGUUUUGUUGAGUGUUCUCCUUGGCACCAUGGCAAUGCUGUGCAAAGAACAAGGAGUUACAAUACUGGGUUUAAAUGCUCUGUUUGAUGUUGUCGUGGUCAACAGGCUCAAUAUUUUGGAAGUUGUUUUGAAGAUACUUCAUAAGGACAAGUCAGUAGAGAACCUGGUGGUGUUUAGAAAAGGACUUCUUUUCAGAAUGACUCUUUUGUUAUCUGGAGGAGCCACUAUUCUAUAUGCCCGCUGGCAAAUUAUGGGCACAGGGCCUCCAGCAUUUACAGAAGUGGAUAAUCCAGCUUCAUUUGCAACCAGUCCUUUUGUAAGGGCUGUAAAUUAUAAUUACUACUAUUCUCUGAAUGCUUGGCUGCUGCUGUGUCCCUGGUGGCUGUGUUUUGAUUGGUCAAUGGGCUGCGUGCCCCUUAUUAAAUCAGUCAGUGACCGGAGAAUAAUUGCCCUGGUGCUUCUUUGGCUGUGCCUGAUUGUGCUGGCGUGCCAAGCUAUGGGUUCGAAAGAUGGCCAGAAGAGAAGAAUCCUUACCUUGGGAUUGGGAUUUCUCAUCCUUCCUUUUCUUCCUGCAAGUAACCUAUUUUUUAGAGUUGGGUUUGUUAUUGCCGAGAGAGUCACCUAUCUCCCCAGUAUUGGUUACUGCAUAUUGAUUACAUACGGAUUUUGUCUGUUGUGUAAACAAGCUAACAAAAAGAAAUUGUUGGUUGCUGCUCUGCUGGGUCUCUUAUUGAUAAAUGUGUGGCGUUCCAUCAUCCGUAGUAACCAAUGGAGAUCGGAGGAGCAGCUUUUUAGAAGUGCUUUGUCUGUUUGUCCACUGAAUGCCAAAGUCCAUUAUAAUGUUGGCAAAAACUUAGCUGAUAAUGGCAAUCAAAGUGCUGCAAUCAGCUACUACAGAGAGGCUGUAAGAUUGAAUCCUAAAUACGUUCACGCCAUGAACAACUUGGGAAAUAUCUUGAAAGAAAAAAAUGAACUUCAUGAAGCUGAAGAACUUCUCUCACUAGCUGUUCAAAUACAGCCUGAUUUUGCAGCAGCAUGGAUGAAUUUAGGGAUAGUGCAGAAUAGCUUAAGAAGGUAUGAAGAAGCAGAGAAAAGCUACUGGACUGCAAUUAGACACAGGAAAAAAUACCCAGAUUGUUACUAUAAUCUAGGACGCUUAUAUGCUGAUCUAAAUCGCCACAUAGAUGCACUGAAUGCCUGGAGAAACGCCACAGUGCUGAAACCACAACAUAGUUUGGCUUGGAACAAUAUGAUUAUAUUGCUCGACAAUACAGGGAACUUGGCACAAGCAGAAACUGUUGGAAGGGAAGCUUUGGAGUUAAUACCAAAUGAUCAUUCUCUUAUGUUUUCACUGGCAAAUGUACUGGGGAAAUCACAGAAAUAUAAGGAAUCUGAAGCUUUGUUCCACAAGGCAAUUAAAGCCAAUCCAACGGCUGCCAGUUACCAUGGCAAUUUGGCUGUACUGUACCAUCGCUGGGGAAAUUUUGACUUAGCCAAGAAACACUAUGAAGUCUCUCUGAAGCUUGACCCCACAGCAGCUGGGACCAGGGAAAACUAUAGUCUUUUAAAAAAGAAACUGGACCAACUGCAAAAAAAAAAAAGGAUGAUGUGUGAGGUUUCUUCUCGGGCUUUGAAUGCAGAUUGCAUACACUGAUGGGUAAUGUGGCUACUGAUCACCAGCGAGAGGUGUUGUCACCCAGGACUACAGAACACAACAACAUGGGACAUUGAGAUGUUUCUUGAAAUUUAGUGUUAGAAUUUCAAAGGGGAAAAAAGACCCUAGUUUAGAACAUUUUAUUUAGAGAAUUAAAAGGGCUUGCUUCUCCUUUUCAGUUUUUUUUUUUUUUUGAACCAGUGAUGAAAUCGGAUGAAUAUUUAUACAGAUAUCCAGUCAUUUGCACUGGUAGAAUCCACGUUAAAAUAAAGAGUUGGAGAUAUUCUUCAGCAGAGCAUGUGAACGGAAAACUGUUCAGUUCAGAAAUGGAAAUGGAUGGUAACUGAAGAUGGGCUCCAGCAUGAGUCCAAGAGCUCGGAAGAGUAAAUCUCUGCUUCCGGUGACCAACUCAAAUUCGAUUUUGCAUUAUUAUACUAGGACACGUAUAUUUGCCUUCAUUUGUGGGUGGUAACUGUUCACUUUCAAUAGGAAUUCCAGUGCAGUACUGGUAUAGUCCUUGACUUACAACCACAAUUGGGACUGUAAUUUUAGUUCCAAAAGAGAUGCAGUUAUUAAGUGAGACAUUGUGUGACUGGAUCCCUGUUUCCAACCAUUUUACCAUGGACACUAAGCAAAUUACACAGUUGUUAAGCAAACCUGGCUCCCCCAAUUGACUUGGCUUGUGGGAAGCCUGCUGGGAAGUUGCAAAUUGUUAUUAGGUGAUCGCAAGAUGAUGUAACUAUCAUCGAUGCGAACCAGUUCCCAAGAGCCCAGAUUACAAUCACAUGACUACAGAGGUGGCAGGAUGGUUGUAACUGGGGGGAGGGGAGAUUGUAAGGAAGUUUUUUUGAGGCUGUCAUAACUUUACGCUGUCAUUAAACAGACAGUUGUAAGUCAAAGACUAUCUGUAUGAAAUAUUACCUUGUGAUAAGAACAACACUUUGAGCAGUGAGAUUGAUUUGUACUUUUAUGAAGAGAUUAUUUGCUUCAAUUACAUGCAAGGUGAAGUUGCUUUUAUCUGGCCAGGCUUUAAUUGCUGUCCAUGAGUUGUAAAUACACCUGCUGAACAUGAGAUACAGCAGGUCGAGAUUUUUCCACUGCAAGAAGUCUUUGAAUUCAUACUGCUCCUAGGUUCAAGUAUUUGCUAAGUUAAAGUCAGUGUUUCACUAGGGUAUAAAGAAGGGCUUGCUAUUUUGAAGUUGGAAAAUUGAGGGUGUCUGGAAGGUUGCAUAAAGUAUUUAAACACUUAAACUGGGUAAUGAUCAUUACAACUUCAGACAAAGGGGCUUUUUACUCUGGAUUUGAUAUAUUAGUAUCUGUUUUUGUGGUCCUAUGAACAGCUUAAAUCCAGACAAUUUCUUGAUGAUUCUUCAUUUCUUCUUGGUGAGUAUAGAGAUUCUAAAAACAUACUCUAAGGUCACCUGUUAGUAUUAUAUCUAACUUUGUGUAGUAGCUUAAGGAUCAGGAAAUAGUGUGUUGUUCCAUGUCCAUAUUUAUUCUUGGUGGAGUCUGUAUUUUUCUGUGCUGAAGACAAAGAAAAGGAUAUGCACUGAGCCAGGAAAGUGAAAAAGAAAUAAAUAUGAUAUGCAUGUAUUUUAUUCUAGGAUCUUAGUCCCCGGUUUCAGCUUCUUCUAAAAGUAGGACCACUAUAGAGAGAGGAGUUUUAAAGGAUUCUUUAGCGUCAUGAUUUCUGUAUUAGGGAUUCCACACACUUUAUUAAAAAAAAAAAUUCAAACAAAUAGAUUCUAUUCAGCCUUGUGCUGUUUUAGCCAUCAUGGAUUUUUUUAGAUAUUAAUAUUCCAUCAGACAAGAUAGUUAUAGAGCAGGGUCGCCAAUUCCUGGUCCAUGGAUUGGCACCAGACCACAGCCUAUCAGGAACCGGGCCAUGCAAGCAAGGGAAGUCCCACCUGCGCACACACAGGAUUCAGGCAGCGCAUGAAACCAUGCCCCCUCCCCCCCCAGUCUGCAGAAAAAUCACCCUCCACAGAACUGAUUCUUGGCACACGAAAGGUUAUAGAGAAUAUUUUAAAUAUCUAGAAAGCCCACAUGCCAUAUUCAUUUCAUUACAGAUUCUGGAAUAAAGUAAGUGUGCUCCUUAUUUAUUUUUCAUUUUCCAUUAUUGAAAACAAAGUCAAAUGCUGCCUUUCUUCCUGCUUAUAUAUAUAUAUAUAUAUAUAUAUAUAUAUAUAUAUAUAUAUAUAUAUAUAUAUAUCCAGAUAGUUGUUAACAUCAGAUUCAUGCUCAUUCAAUAAUAAGAGCAAUUUUCUGGGAACAGAAACCUCCAUAUUUUACAAAGCAUGUAGCUUGAUGCUGUCAAUUUUGAAGAUAACAUGAUACUGUAAUUUUAUUUUUUUCAACUUUAAAUAUGUUCGGGUUCUCUCGUUUAUUCAACAUUAAAUGAACAGAUUCAAGAUAGAGAUAUAACCAUUUCUGUAGUACUUGCAUAUAUUAAGCUACAACUGUGUUUAUUCAGAUUAUUUUCCCAUUACACUUCAAUGUAUAUGUUUGUGUACAAGUACUAAGGAUCUCUUGGUGUUCAAAAGUCUAUUGUUUUAAUUUUUUUUAAAAAAAUAAUGAUGCAGGUAUCAAUCUUGUCAGACAAAAUAUCUGAUUGGAUAAUAGAAUUCAGUGUCACCGGUUGUAAAAGCUUUAUGAUUCUAAAAA